AUGAGUAGUUAAUUUGAGGCCGACGACUAGAUGAUCUAUGCCGAUGAUUCCUAAUUUAUAGAACAAAUCACUUAGAAAUUAUCCAAAAUUAGAAAUAACCUAGGAAUAGACAUCUAUGAUCAAGAGAACCUAAAAACUCCGUAAUCUGAACAAUCAGGUAGAAAUAAUGAACAUAACACAUUCGGAAGGGAAAAGAAAACUACAGAGUCUAAAAAUAAUUUAUAAGAUGUCCAGGAACUCAAUUUCAUAACUAGUUCUAAACAUAAGAAUAAUAAUAAUAAUAUUAAUAAUGAUUACUAAUAUUCAGGCUAAAGUGCCAAAGAAGAACAGCAAUACUAGAUAUCACAAUCGGGCACUAAAGAUGAUAUAUUACCUUAACAAAUAAGUUUCUUAUAAAAUAAACUGGAAGCUCUGAAAUAAAUUUGUAAUAUUUGAUUUUUAUUCUAGAUCCAACUCAAGGUUAAGAUCAAGCUAGCUUCCUCGAGAGAGAGAAUGUCUAUUUGAAGAUUGAAUUGGAAUUAAAAUCAAAAUAGGAAAGAUUCUUAAGAUAAUAAUUAACCACAUUAACAGAAGAAUAUAAUUUGAAAUAAUCACAAUUACAACAAAGUAUCUAAGAUUUAAAAUAACAACACGAGGAAUUUGUUUAAGCUACAGAUCUAACCCAGGAUAUCAAAUAAUAUAUCUUGUCAUUGGAAUCCGACUUGCAUAUGACUAAAGGUGAGUUAGACUUGUUCACAUAACGAUUAUCCAAAGAGUAAUCUGAAAAAGAACUUCUACAGAAUUAAAUCAAUAAUAUCCAUACCAAAGCCAAAGACGAAUUCUAAAAACUGUAUGAAAAAGCAUUCAAAGAGAUGUAAUUCAUGUGUCAAGCUCUGAGUUCCGAAUUGCUAACCGAAUAAAUUGAUAAGAAGGUCAAUAGAAUCUCCUAGUAAACUAAUCUAUCCAAGAUGUAUCAAGACUUAAUCGACGAGAAAAUGAUUUUGGUAUCUAUUUUUUCAAUAUUUAGGAAACUAAAAUUGAUAACUUAGAAAAUUAGUUAGAAUCCUAUUAAAACAAAUAAUUUUCCAUUAGUUAUGCCCCAUCGAUUAAAUCUGUGUAUGAGAAGAGAUUGCAUGUUAUGAAACAAGGAUUAUUGCAUUGGAAAACAAGAACUUAGUAAAUUGAACAAAUUGUGCUUUAAUGGAUUCAAAAGUUAAAAUAAGAAAAUUAAUAGUUAAAAAAAUAGCUUAUAAAGAAACAGGAGAAGAUGUUUCUUGUGUUUGAAAAUUUGCUAAGAGAAAUAUAUCAACAAUUUGAAUAGGAUAAAUAUAUUCAAAUGGAAGAAAUCAAAAAACUGCAAGAAUAGAAAGUUGAUGACAAAGUGAAAAUCACGAAACUCAGAUCAACAAUUUAAUAGUAAACAAAAACUAAAAAAAGAUGA